GCCAGGCCCCCGCCCCAGGAGGAAAGAGACCGGCCCAGCGCUUCCGGGAGCCCGGCGGCGGCGCCCAGUGUCCGCAUCCUCCGGCACCUCUCAGGGAGUUUCGGACGUGAGGUCAGAGGCCCCACUCCCCGCGGCGCCCAGAUGCCCGUCCAGCCUCCGAGCAGGGACGCAGAGGAGAUGGGAGCAGAGCGCGACUCGGCCGCUGAGGUGAAUGGGGAGGAGGAGGAGAGCGAGGAGGAGCGGAGCGGCAGCCAGACCGAGUCCGAGGAGGAGAGCUCAGAGAUGGACGAGGAGGACUACGAGCGGCGCCGCAGUGAAUGCGUCAGUGAGAUGAUGGACCUGGAGAAGCAGUUCUCGGAGCUGAAGGAGAAGUUGUUCAGGGAACGACUGAGUCAGCUGCGGGUGCGGCUGGAGGAAGUGGGAGCUGAGAGGGCGCCCGAAUACACGGAGCCCCUGGGGGGGCUGCAGCGGAGCCUUAAGAUUCGCAUUCAGGUGGCAGGGAUUUACAAGGGCUUCUGUCUGGACGUGAUCAGGAACAAGUAUGAGUGUGAGCUGCAGGGAGCCAAGCAGCACCUGGAGAGUGAGAAGCUGCUGCUGUACGACACGCUGCAGGGCGAGCUGCAGGAGCGGAUCCAGAGGCUGGAGGAGGACCGCCAGAGCCUGGACAUCAGCUCCGAGUGGUGGGAUGACAGACUGCAUGCUAGAGGCAGCUCGAAGACAUGGGACUCCUUGCCGCCCAACAAGAGGAAGAAGGCGCCUCUCGUUUCUGGCCCUUAUAUCGUAUACAUGCUGCAGGAGAUCGACAUCCUGGAGGACUGGACGGCCAUCAAAAAGGACCUUGACCCUGCUCUUCACAGCCAGGGGGGCCCCUUGGAGCAGCUGGCACCAAACUCAGGACUUGAACUUUCCUGCUGCAGAAAGGCAGACUGGCAGGCCCCUCGGGGUCUGCCCAGCCAUCUCUCCAGUGCUGCUCCAGGGUCUUCUGCUCCAGCCAUCACUGGUCUGGGCUCCUCCUCUGCCCUCCCCGGGGCCUGAACAGCAAAGGCCUGGAGCUGCUCGAGGCCAGCCAGACAGUCUCCUCCCUCCCCAGCCAGCCCACCACCACCCCCUCCCGAAGGUCGCCCUCUUCGGAGCCCUCCCUGACGAAGACAUGCCUGUCUUAAGCCAAAGCAACAUCCUUUCUUUGGACCUUGGACUCCAGUCACUGAGUUGGGUCCCACUUCACAGGAACUCUGAGCCAGAAAUUAUAUUUGAGGGGCCUGCUUGUCUUGGCUGUUGCUGGAGUGACAAGGCAGGCUCCUUGGGUCUUCCUUCUCGAGGAGGUUCCUGGUGUCUGCCUCCCACAUUUCAGGGACUGGAAUUAAAAUCUUUCCUGGGA